AUGCCUCCAGCCCAGGUCGACCCGGACCUACAGGCAGAGAUAGACUAUAUGAUCCUGGAUUAUCUGGCAUGCUUCGCCAUCAAUAGGAUCCUCAACAGCCCAGUAUCGCGGAGCCAAGCGGGGGACGAGGAACUGAACUGGCAGGUGGAAUCAGUCCAAGCCUUUCAAUUCACAUUGGCCGCAGCCAAGCCCGAGGCAUCACUACCACAGGACCUGGAUAUCAAACUCCGACUACUCUCGGUUGGCUCUCAGCUCCAGUCCUACAAAUCCGGGCAACCCCAGGACCAUGAUGCGUGCCCUAGCCUGUCCAGCAUAGGUGUUGAUUUCAUGAACCUUUGCUCCACAGCUGCAUCUAAGGUCUCUGAAACAAGGUGGUUCGAUGCCGGUGCUCGAUUUGUGGUCCAGGCCACCCUGGAGGAACAGCGGGAAGGGCGCCCAACGUCAGAACAGCUCUCCAAACUCCGCGCAUGGGUACCGGAAAAUUCAGCGCUCUAUUCGAAGUGGGCAAUUGCCCAUGAGAAAUACACGAGGGAGCUCCCGAACCCGGACGAGCUACUGACAGAGUGCGAGUCACUCACCCAGCGGAUGCCCUUUCCUCAGUUCAAGGCGAUAAUUAUCGAAUUCCUAGUCGAUCUGAUGAUAACUCUGGACCCCCCAAUUUUACUACAGCUGGAGCGAGGCAAGCUCGGCCAACUUAGCCGCGCCGAGACACAACGCCUCAAGGAACGGGCGGGACUACGUUGA